GCUUCCAUAUUGACACAGGAAGCAGUCUGACGUAACCAAAAUCCCAAAGAUGGCGGCGUUAACUGGUAAGUGAUGUUAUGACUAAAAUGAUAUGCUUAAUUUCGAGCACAAAGCGUUUCCUGACCCAUGUGUUUGUGUGGCAUUCAGCUACAAUUGCUGUAAAGGAGCUGUACCCAGUGAGAUACCGGUGAAGUUCCGUUAAUAAGCGACGUUUUUAGUGAAUUCGCGCACUGACCUUGCUCUGCCUGGGCUAGCACGGAGGCUAACAGGUUAGCUAACCGUGUCGCUGAGGUGAGCUGGGACUCAGAUGGAGUUCAGAAAACAAUGCCAAGAGAAAAAAUGACAAUAAAUCGCAAUGGGGUUGUCGUCACAUGAAACAAUGCCCGUUAAAGAAAAAAAAUGACACAUUCAAAGCAGUCUAAACAGCGUUUAUUGGAGUUAAAUGCAGCGAUUAAUGUUUCAUCACACAGGCGAUGUUUUUGUUUUUUGCUCGGCUUUGUCACAUUAUUGGACUUUUUAGAAACAUUAAUGGAUGAUCGUGAAGUCAAGAAAUAUGAGCAAUCUCCUGUCACUCUAUAUCAAACAGAUACACCUUAUUGUAUGAUAUAUUAUCUUAAAUAUACAAUGUUUUAAUUCUGCAGCGCCUCGCCUGGCCCUGUUUGGCUGCUUCUCAACGAGGUAAGAAACUUUGCUCAUCCGUUUUAUGAAAUAAAUGUAAUUGAAUUCAGCUCAGUAAUGUUUGGAGUGUAAUUGUGGAGAUGCUGCUAAAUAUGAGAAUGAAAACGUUUCACUUUUACUCACUAUGGCUGCAUAUGUGACACUGAAAAGUAUAUAAAGUGUUUAAAACACCCACUUAUAAUCCAUUAUUCUUUCACAGUAUUAUUUCUGUGUCUCUAAAUGCAGGGACAACUUAAAUGGGGAAAAAAGAAGUCUAUAUAUUGCUGAAACAAUGCUUACUCAAACAGGAGUGUAUGACAGGCUGUGCAGUCUCACUUUUUGGCAACCAGAUCCCUCAGCCUGUGCGCUGUUUGGAGAGAACACUCAAGUUAAUCCAUUCAGGCUUUGCUAAAUUUAGGAGGUCUAAAACAAAUUAAAGUCCAAAGUCUCCCACAUAGAAAUUUACCAAAUUGUCAGUCACACACUAUAGAAAAAUAAUAACAGUUCUCCUCAGUAUAGUUCCAUAUUGACCUCGAGUGAACUGUUGGUUAUUGUAUUUGCCGGUUUGCAUAUUUUAUACCGCUUUUUUUUUAUCAUUCCGUUCAUGGAGUGUGUAAAUAUGUGUGUGCUUCUUGCAGCAGUUCUUUGUUUUUACUUAUUUUCUCCGUCGUCCUUCUGUCAAUCUAACAGGCCCAUUUCAGCGUUUGCUGUGCAUAAGAGGAACCUGCACAACAAUGCAAAAAGUGAGAACACCACAACAAGGUGAGUUUACCAACAUUACUCUAGUGUAUUAUAUCAGAACAUACCUUCCAUGGACUCGGUGCACGUGAUGAAUUUCGUCUUCAUUUCUUUGUUAUAGUGUGGUUCCUGUCAGAGAGAAGAGCACAGCUGUAGCAGCAGCCAAACCAGCAGCUGUGGCGAGCAGCAAGGGGGAGUAUGUUAUCACCAAGCUGGACGAUUUAGUGAACUGGGCGCGCAGGGUGAGUAGAUGACAGGAUUUGUAUCUGUUACACUUAUACAUUUAAAUUACACAACAUCCUCACAACUUUCUACCCCUGAUCGCCUGUAUGUCUGCGCUUGUGACAUAUCUGAGCCUAAUUGUGUUCACUUGCGGGGGGAGAAGAAGUAUUUCUUAUAAACAUUGCUUGUUUUUUAGGCUUAUUUUUCACAUUAGCAAACAAGGCAGUACUAACAAAGGCAGCCACUGAGUCAUACUGAGUUAAACUGCACUGCAUUGAAUGGGAUGUGUCAGCAGCAACAGAGGUCUGAGAGUCACAUUUGUUUUGUUUUAAUGGCAUAACAAGUCAUUUAGCAGGUUGUGAUAGCAUGAGUGUUGUUUGCUCAGAUUCUGUGGCUGAAAAUGGAGAAAAAAUCUUAACUUUAAAACUAAUAUCAAGAGUGUUAAAAACUUAGGAAACAUUUAAAAAGUGUUCCUUGAACAAACCCCCUGAGUGUUUUGUUUUAUUCACUUGUGCACCCUUGUCUGUUCCCCCUCAGAGCUCUCUGUGGCCCAUGACCUUUGGCUUGGCAUGCUGUGCUGUUGAAAUGAUGCACAUGGCCGCCCCUCGUUAUGACAUGGACCGAUUCGGAGUUGUGUUCAGAGCAAGUCCCCGACAGGCUGAUGUCAUGAUUGUGGCAGGAACUCUGACCAAUAAGAUGGCUCCAGCCCUACGCAAGGUAAGAGAGGGGCAGAAGGAGGGAUGUACCUGCAGUUACCUACAACUUUUGACUUUAAACAUGAAGGCAAAUCUGUCAAGACUGAGCUGAGAAGAAUGAGAGAAAACUCUUAUUGAAUCAGCAGCAAUUGUUCUCCCUCAAACAUUUCUGUGUGCAGGAUGUAAGAGCUGAGAACAGUAUAGCUGUUCAAACGCAGGGUGGAUUAAGAGCAGCCUGGCGGUGGAUUGGAAGACUGGCACAAAGUCUUCCUCCAGCUUUAAGGACAGAUUAGUUUUUAGUCAGCUGUUAUAUAAGAAUGACUGAACUGCAUCUUCUCUCCAACAGGUGUACGACCAGAUGCCUGAGCCCAGAUACGUCAUUUCUAUGGGAAGGUGAGUCAACCACUGAGGAUAUAAUUGGGUUACUAGCACUGUUGUCUGUCCUGUAUCAGUUUAUUCUUCACAGCUGAUGUGAGUCUGACUUCUGCUGUGUUUCAAAAUAUUUUGCUCUUAUGUUUUGAAUUUGUAUUAUUUUUCAUUUCUCCUCUCUGGCUCUGUCGCUGGAAGUCAUGUCUUAAUUGCCACAAGUAUUGAAUCAUAUUUCACACAUCAAAUACCUUAUUUGAAUUUUUAAACCAGAAGAAUUUGAACCGUUUCCUCUUUUACUUUGAUAAUAAUUUGUUCUAAACUGUUUUUUUUUUCAAUGUUAAUGUGUUUUCUGCUGUGUGGGUGCAGUAUUAUUUUCUGAACAUUGUAGUCAGUGCCUGAAUAUAAAAAUAAAGGUGUCCUCGUGUUUUUCUCCUUACAGUUGUGCUAAUGGAGGAGGUUACUACCACUACUCCUACGCUGUUGUCAGAGGCUGUGACCGAAUCGUACCAGUGGACAUUUAUGUUCCAGGUAAACUUUUAGAAUAAUGAUGAAAAGAUGCAAAUUUCUUACCGCUGGUAUUCAAAAAGACUGUGCUAUAGGAAUAAGGGCUUUUUCCUCUGCGCUCACACUGACAAAGGGAAACUAAUGGAAUGUCAGUUUAUUAGUAUAAUAAAAUAAUAACUAUAGUGGACAGUAUUGUCAGAUUUUAAAGACCCACUCCAAUGAAAAUCAUGUUUUUCUUGUUUUUUAUAUGUUCAUAUGGCAUUUUUCUAAUGCUACAGGACAUAUCAUGAGAAAAAUGAGUGCGAAAUUGCCUUUUUGAGUAUUUCUGCAUUAAAAAACCCAAACGGCAGGUUCAGAAACAGUGAGAUUUCAUAUGUCACAAAUCCAAGCUCCGCCCCGGGAGCCCCACCAUGCAGGUCACACUCCAAGAAAUAGGACGAUCAUAGAACAAGUGUGUGCAGUAGCUGUUGUCAUGCCCCGAAAGACAUUAGUGUCCAAGAGCUGAAUAGCUCCUUCUGCUGCACAAGCAAUGUUAGGCUGCAAGCUAGCGUGAAGACGAGUGUGCAGAGCAGCGCUGUCUCUGCCCACAACACAGAGGCGAAUUGCUAAUGAGCUACUGGAGCUCUGCAGAGAAAAAGCUCUUGAAAAUGACACGAGUAACGCGACUUUGGAUAAAAAUUUUAUUAUCACAAUUUAAAGACCCCUGAGAACACUUUAAGUAGUAAAAAAAGGAUCGGAGUGGGACUUUAAAGGCUAAUAUGACUAGCUUUUACACAGGCUAAUAAAGAUAGUGCUUGCAAGUGUUGCAUUAGCUAAUAUAUGUGUGCAACUAAUGUAGCAUCUAUUUCGUCAUCACUAAAGGCUCUUCUUGUAGUUGAAGUAGAGUACUGAAUAUUUUUCUUAAUUAAAAAUUUAUUUUAAGAUAAGCUGUAAUUCCCAGUUCCUGCUGUGCAAAGACAACAAAGACGGGGAAGGUUCAUCAGAUGUUUACACUGUUUAUUAUACAGCGCAGUGAUUGUUUAACACUGUCAUGUAGAUCUCUGUACUCUUAUAACUGUGGACCGAAAUCAGUUCUUCCUGUCAUUUCCCUCCCUACCCUCAGGAUGCCCCCCCACUGCAGAGGCUCUCCUGUACGGGACUUUACAGCUGCAGAGAAAAAUCAAGCGUGAAAAGAAGUUGAGGAUCUGGUAUAGGAAGUGAAUGUGUUAUAUAUAUAUAAGUGUGUGUGUAUCUGAUAAUGUAAAUCUUGUAUUUCGGGUUCAAUUUGGAGUGUUGCUCCUCUUCAGUUUAGAGCUUCAGGAACUAACCUAAACAAAUUUACCGUUGUAUUUUACGCACAGUGCAAUGCUGCUUACUUUCAACCACACUGAGGUGUCACUUAUCCUUUCCUGCCUCUAUAGUUCAGCGAAAAAGUUUCGAGACUUUCUGUAACAGGACAAAACAAUAAAAAAUCCAGUAGCCAUGCGCAGAUUUUCACCCUAGUCAAACUUUAUACUGUGUGCAGGUCAGAGAAGAGUGUUAUCCCAUAUGAUGGUAAAAUGUAAUUUUGAAUAAACUGGGCUCAUGAAAAUACAGAGUUUUAAUGGCUUUCUCUUCUUGAAAUACUAAACCAACUAUUACCCACCAGGGGGCUCCAGUGAUCACAAACUUUGACCUUCACCGCUCUGCGUCUUACUCAGCAGUGGUUUCAAAUGAAAUGAAUUUCUAUUGUGUGUCAUCUGUUAUUUAAUCUAGAAGUCACGGUGUGCUUAAACACUAUAGUGAAAGGUAAAUGUGUGUUAACACAGCUGCAUGAGAACCCUGAAUUAAACUAGCUUCAGUGUUGUGCAUAUUCAGUUCGAACUGAAAACCAGCCACUAUAAUUAUGUAUGCAGAGCAAGCAGAGUGGCUGUUAUGCAUUUCCAGUGUGAAUAAACAGACUCAUCACUUAACUUCUCUCUGCUGAUUUAAGGGUUUCUCUUGAAUGCAGCUCAUGCAAUCUUGUAUAUUAGUUCAGCGCUGAAUCACAGUGAGGGUGACGACUGUGCAGCACCAUAAUGUUUCAACCAUGACACAGUGCUGCAAAAAUAUACCGUGUUCUUGUUGAAGGUUAACUGACGUGUUACGCUUUAAACCUACAUGCAUGAUGGACACACACAAGCUGGGUUUGAUUCAGUCAUUCACAAAUGCGUCCAGUGAGCAGCAGGAGGCCUUUGUGACAGAAUCAUUUCAGUCAAGGUGAAGGAAAAACUGGGAAGAAUAUCUUAGUUGAGUUGAAACUGUGCUUGAGUUGCAUAUUCAAGAAUUUUUAAGCUUUUACACUGUUCAGUGAGAAAUUGACAAAAGUAUUUUAAUCUCAAACAUGCUGCAUAUGGCUUUUCUUUAAUAACUCAUUUGUGCCUUUGCCAAAGAAGUUAAAAAGAAAAACAGCAACACUGUCUGAGGGGUUGUAGAUUAUAAUAAUAAUCCAAAAGUAGACAAAAUAAAUGCAUAAUUUGACCCAACUUGACCAAUUCUUCUACAGUUUUUAUGUCCCAUUUUUUGUUAAAAUCCUGAAAAUCAAACCGUUUAGCUGCUGCGAAGACAAGAUACUUCAUCUGCCUUUUAAUGACAGAAACAUGUCAAAAAUUUGUCGUUAGGUCAGUAGAAAUAGGAGAAAGGAGUGUCAGCCUUCAUUUAAUGAUGCCAUUGGCUUCUUAUUGUGAAUGAAAUGGUUAUUUUUUUUUGUAUUAACAAAUCUUCAGGAAAAAACUGAAUCCAUGAAACCGACAGUAUAAAACCUCAGCUUACUACUGAAAACAAAAAAUAGAGAAUUAUCACAUAUGAAGAACUAAAAACAGACUGAACUUCAACUUGAAAAACGAACACCAGCAGCCAUGAUGCACUGGCUAUUUUUUCCUAUCUUGUAUCUUCUGGUCCUCUGAGCUGUUUUUCACCUCUCUGUAUUUCUCUGCAUGAUAGUCUUGACUUUAUAUACCGUAUGAGUCAUGUGCUCCUGAUUCAAGCCUCAGCCUCACCAGCUGCUGUAGUUCCCCACCUGACUGCAGCUGCUGUUGCAUCAUCCAUCCUUCUAAUGAUUAAUGUCUCUUGGCCAGGUGGUGACUUAUUCCUGUGUGUUAAGAUAACAUGCACCGUUAUCUACCACCAUAAAUUCAUCAUACUUAAUACUGCACUCUUUAUUCAGCUCUGGCUUGCUUUGUGUGGUAAUGAAAAUUUUUACGACGAUCAUGUAAUUAGGAUUUUGUGUAUAUCUCGCUUUUAUUUUACUAUUAAACUCAAUAAUUAAGAUUU